UCAACGUGGUGGAGGCCCUCCAGGAGUUCUGGCAGAUGAAGCAGUCGCGCGGGGCCGACCUGAAGAACGGAGCCCUGGUGGUCUACGAGAUGGUCCCGUCCAACAGCCCCCCGUACGUCUGCUACGUCACCCUCCCCGGGGGGAGCUGCUUUGGCAGUUUCCAGUUCUGCCCAACCAAGGCUGAAGCCCGAAGGAGCGCGGCCAAGAUCGCACUAAUGAACUCGGUCUUUAACGAGCAUCCCUCGCGCAGGAUCACCGACGAGUUCAUCGAGAAGAGCGUUUCAGAGGCCCUGGCAUCUUUCAACGUAAGGUUUCUCUGUGCCCGGAUGCUGGGGGGGGGGAAAAAAACCCCUCAAAUAGCAGGAAGAGACAUUUUCUUUGACAUCUGGAACUCUUUACGUCAG